ACGUGGCCGCUGCCGCCCGCCCCUAGCCCACCUUGGCCGCGCCGGGCUGGCUGCAGAGCCCUGGCCGGGACGUGGGUCCGCUUCGCGGUGGCUACGGGCGGGCUGACGCUGGGCGCGAUGCAGGCCCCGGCGGGCCGCGAGGAGGAGCCCGAAGACGGGGCGGACCGCACCCCGCUGCUGGGCGAGUCCCAGCCGAGCACAGUGCCUACGUGCUGCUCCGCUCGCUACAAUUUAGCAUUACUGGCCUUUUUUGGAUUCUUCCUGUUGUAUGCGUUACGUGUGAAUCUAAGUGUUGCUCUUGUAGACAUGGUAGAACCUAAUACAAGUUUAGCAAAGAAUACAACUUCCAAAGUGUGUCCAGAACAUUCUUCAGCCCUAAACAUACCUCGGAAUACAACGGGGAAAAAGUAUUCUUGGGAUGCGGAUACUCAAGGAUGGAUCCUUGGUUCCUUUUUCUACGGCUACAUCAUUACUCAGAUUCCUGGUGGAUAUUUUGCACGUAAAAUAGGAGCAAAGCUGUUGCUGGGGUUUGGCAUCCUGGGUACUGCUGUCUUCACUCUGUUCACCCCCUUAGCGGCAGACUUGGGGGUUGGAUACCUCAUAGCAGUCAGAGUCUUGGAGGGGCUCGGAGAGGGUGUCACCUUUCCUGCUAUGCAUGCCAUGUGGUCGUCUUGGGCUCCACCACUGGAACGCAGCAAGCUCCUUAGCAUUUCAUAUGCAGGUGCACAGUUAGGAACAGUUGUGUCUCUUCCAUUGUCUGGCUUAAUUUGCUACUACGUGAACUGGAUUUAUGUAUUCUACAUAUUUGGUGCACUUGGAGUAUUCUGGUUCCUCUUCUGGAUCUGGUUGGUGAGUGAUACUCCGGAAACUCACAGAAGAAUCUCUCCCAUUGAAAGGGAAUAUAUUCUUUCUUCCCUCAAAGAUCAGCUUUCUACUCAGAAGUCUGUACCAUGGGAACCCAUGUUGAAAUCCCUUCCACUCUGGGCUAUUGUAGUGGCACACUUUUCUUAUAACUGGACUUUCUACACUCUUCUCACACUAUUGCCUACGUACAUGAAGGAGAUCUUGCGGUUUGAUGCACAAGAGAAUGGAUUUUUAUCUGCACUGCCUUAUUUUGGGUGUUGGCUGUGUAUAAUCAUGUCUGGUCAAAUUGCUGAUUACUUAAGGGACAAACAGAACUUGUCCACUGUCUGUGUGCGCAAAACAUUUACCCUAAUAGGAAUGAUUGGACCUGCAGUAUUUUUAGUAGCAGCUGGAUUCAUUGGCUGUGACUACACAUUGGCUGUUGCAUUCCUAACCAUAUCAACAACACUAGGAGGCUUUUGUACAUCUGGUUUUGGCAUCAACCACCUGGACAUAGCACCGUCGUAUGCUGGGAUCCUGCUCGGAAUCACCAAUUCAUUUGCCACUAUCCCAGGAAUGGUGGGGCCAGUCAUUGCGAAAAGCCUGACUCAUCAUAAUACUGUGGGAGAGUGGCAGACUGUUUUCUAUAUUGCUGCUUCUAUUAACUUAUUUGGAGCAAUUUUCUUUGCAUUAUUUGGCAGUGGAGACGUGCAGGACUGGGCAGUCAAUGGCCGCCACUUGCAUAGAAACUGAAGGAGUUAUUGAGAUAUCAAGGCUAUACUGAAUCACUGUACUAAAGUCAUGUGACCUGAAAAGUGCCUUUCCUAUUGAUGCCCAGAAAGCUACAAAAGCUUUUCAGUUUAACCAUUUUCUCUGUGUACUGUUUGUACUGGAAGUCACUUGACAGUGCAUGUAUGUUAUAUCUGUAACAAGAAACUACUUAGCUCUAGUAGAAUAGCCUCAUGCUAGGACUUCAUCAGAUACUUGAUCUAAAACCUAGAAUUUUAACUCACUGUGCUGGGCACCAUUAUCUGUCACCUCUUAAUAUUUUCUGAAUUAAAACGGGUAGGAAGAUGUCUAUCAUUGACAGGGCGCAGGGGAGAGAAGGGAUUGUGUGUGGUGUUGCAGGGAGGAGGAGGAAUGAUAUGUAAUAAGGAACCUUUUUUUAAUUUUUAUGAUGAAAUUGACAUGCUUCUACAAUUUUAAUGUCCAGGAACGUCCUGGUUUUCUAGAGGUUUUUAUUAUAUUUUAAUUUUUCUUUUUACCAAUAUUUUAAUUGGUGUUAUAGGGCUCUGUUCUACUACACACGUUUCCAAUAUGUAAAUGUUCCAUGUUCAAGAACAUGGCUUCACAAUUAAUACAGCGUAAUUACAGAGCAAAUUUACAACAAGCAGCUUACAUAUGAGACAAACAGACAGAAGGAGUCCUUCCCCUCCCCCCGCCCCCUCUUCUCAGUGGGGUAAGAUAUUGACAUACCAUACGUUCAGUGUCCUAUGCAUUGACAGAGGAGUACGUUGCUAUGGUUUGAAUUCUAAGCAAUGUGAAGAUUGCGCUAGAAACACAAUGGCUGAGUGUAUGUAUUAAAAUGAUUUUCAGUCUGACAACCUUUUUUUUUUUUCAUGACAAUAAGCAUUCAGAGCAAUGGAACUCUCAAAUUCUUCUGCUCAUGUUGUAAAUUUGCCAGUAGAAAUGUACUAAAAUGAGGCCAGUGCAGAGCGUAAGGAUAAUACUUUUUAGUUCUCUUCUACGGUUACUCUAGCCCUGUUCACAGGUUAAAAAUCAGUGAUAUUGGGAAAAGAACCAGUGCAACUUCAUUUUUGGAAGUUGCCCCAGGCGCUUGCUGUUGGGAGUCUGAGAGAAUUGUGCUGUUAGUACAGAAUUCACACUUGGAGCUUUCUUUUACUAUAAAUGUACACUUGGAUGCUACACACCCGAUUAAACCCAAUUGUGAGUGAAAAUUAUAGUCUAGAACAGUGGUUCCCAAACUUUAACAACCUGUGAACUCCUUUCACUAAAAUGUCAUCUCACGAACCCCCUCCUAAAAAUAAAUAUUCCCAGGGAUUUUCUCCUUUACCUGAGUAUAAAU